UUUAGCUCAGUUCGGUUCUGUUUGGUUUGGUUUGACAGGUGGGCUACCUCUCUCGUAAUGAGCAUCUGGAGUGGAUUGUUUUCAUUGACUAGGAUGACAUUAUUUUGUUUGGGCAGGUCGCAUGGGGGUACUUGCGAGGCCAAAUGAGUACAUACUUGUCGGAGACAAACCCCAUCAUGACACAUCGUGAAGGAACCGAUCAUCUUAGAGACCCCCAGUUUCAACUCUCUGCUUUUCGGCACAGGACAGCUAAGCUGCUUCACACUGCUGCGCUUCGGCUGCGGAAACAUACCAAGAGGCUGGGAAGUUUUGGGGCAUGGAACAGGUGCCUCAAUCAUCUGUUGGCAUUGGCAGAAUCCCAUAUUGAAUCUGUAAUCUUGGCCAAGUUCAUUGAGGGAGUGCAAAGGUGUGAAGACAAGGAGGCUCGGCAGUCGCUGAAACUCUUGUGUGACCUUUAUGCCUUGGAGCGCAUUUGGGAGGAUAUCGGAGCCUUCCGCAACGAAGAGUAUCUUGCACCCAACAAGGCCAAGGCAAUUCAUCGGCUGGUGGAAUACCUCUGCUUUGAGGCCAGAGGUGCAGCUAAGGAGCUGGUUGAUGCGUUCGCCAUUCCCGACGCCAUGCUGAGGGCGCCUAUCGGAUUGAAUGCUGAUCAAUAUGCUGAAUACACACAGACAGUCGGAUUUUGAAGACGCCGUGUGAGAUACCUACCACAUGCGAGCUCUUUCUCCAAGUGUCUCAGCCGGAGCACGGGGUUGUCGUUGGUUGAGUGUGGAAUUCUUGCUGCACACUCGCUCGACCAGGUGUGAAAGAGAGAGGGGGGGGGGAUGGAUGUUCACACGGAAAUGACACCGGUGCCAUAGCACUGGCACCUGUGAUGGCGUCCGCGGAGAACAUCGGGCGAGCGAGCGGUCCCGGACUCCUGGUUCUGCAGCUGCUUUGUUUCCGAAGUGGAGUUUUCUUCCACCUCCAUGUCGCUGUUGACUGCGGGAGGAGCUUCGUUCUGUCCACGACAACGCCAUCUGUCGUCGCUCUUUUGCAGAACGAUGCUCCUCCCGCAGAGAUCCCACAUAGUCAGCUCUGAAAGUGUGGCAGAGAAAGAGAGUCAUCUGUCAUGUCAGGGCCCUGAGGACUUGUGUUUUGCAGACCAGAAAGAAAAAGGCAAACCCAUCUGUCGCUCUCUCGUGGCGCGCGCGCAAGAGAGAGAGAGAGAGAGAGAGAGAGAGAGAGAGAGAGAGAGAGAGAGAGAGAGACGUGUGCUUUCUCUUGUGGAGGGUAUAUUAGGGAUAGACUCUUUAGUGGCGAGUCGCAAGUUGCUGGAUAUCAUCAGAAAAGUGCGGUUUUGUGGUGGAACGCUCUCCCUAUGACCAGAGGAUCUGCUGCACAGACAUCAGGUUGAGCAGUUCUGCAGUCGUGAGGGUCGGUAGUGAUGAUGACAGUUCAUUAGCUCUGAGAUUUGAUGGAUGAAUGCGUCUUGCAGUCCAUUGAGGGCAUGUGGGUCUAGACAGGGAGAGGAGGCCAGGACUGGCCCAAUGGGAUUGACGUGGUCAGCGUCUACGGUGGGCGACGUAACCGUGCUGCUGUUCUAUAUAUAGCCAUCGCUGACGGGAGUUGAAUGAGACGGCUAAAAUAAAUCUCCAGCUGAGGUAUGGAAAGCUUCAAAGCUCAUCUCAUCGGGGAAGGAGAAUUCACAGAUUUCGCGCCACAGAGAGACAUGUGUGCAGCCUUUGUCACUGUCAGCGUGGGAAUGUUUUUUUUUUUUCCUUCUGGACUUCAAUUGAAAUGGCCUGAAUAGAGUCCUUGCUCCUUUAGCCUCCUUAUAAUUAAUAGUAUAAGUAAUAUAAGUAUGAAUGAAAGAGAUAAAUGUAAGAUACAUAUAGAUAGAGACGGGUGGCUCUGUGCGUAAACCACCAGUUCAUGGCCCCAGGCAACUGGAGAAACUGUUUUGAUCCUCUCCGAAAAUUUAGGAGGCCGAGCGUCGUAGAUAAAAUGAGUCGCCGACAGGCGGCCUCCGAAAGGGGCCCGCCGCCCAUAGGUGGCAUGUACUGGUGUCUCAAGGGGAUGUAAAUUUUUUGAACUGUGUUUUGUGAGUUUGAUGGCGAACGUCGUCUCUGUAGCGUUGGUCGUUUUCAGCGUCAGACAUGGUUCCCGUUGACGUCAACUUCAGUCGGACCAGGCUGAACAUUUCCCUGGCUCCUCUGGUGAAGAGUGGUGGCUGGCUGUUGAAGUGGGAGUCUGCACGGCGGCGUCGGGGAAAUCCAGUGUUUCAAACAAAACCGCCGAUAAUGGCUUGUACUCUCUUCACCCCAGCAGAACACGCACGGGCAUUAAUAGAUGUAUGACGUAUUUGGGGCAACUUUCAGUCCACAUGCGGUGAUAAUGACCGCGUGUUCUAUUCGGGUGAGGACGGAAGUGCCGAUCCGGUUGGAUGAGAGUCAUGAGACAGUUGGAAGACAGAUUGGUGGCCAUCCUACGUCGUGUAGCGUAGGCAUCGCCGGCUGAACUGGUGGGAAGAUGUUCGAAGAACAGGUUGAUGAUUGUACGACGUACAUGCAUGCAGCUGCCGUAAUCCCCCCCCUGGCCUUUACUAUCAGACCAGAUAUAAAAUACCAACUAUGUACAUCAUUGGUGGCCAAUGGCCAUCCUACGACGUGUAGCAUAGGCAUA